AUCUGAAACCUGAGAAUGGAGGAGUGUGAUGGUGUCCUGCUCUUAAUGCGCAGUUCAGAGCAGGACUGAGGCGAAUGAGCAGCAGAUCAGAUUUCACAAACUUUUGCGGUAUUAAAACAUUCUUGCGGGGAUUUGAGAGGCUUUAAAUCUUCGCACGCGCUUUCACUGGGAAAUAAACACACAUAUAAAGUCUCGCACUGUAGCGCAGCGGUCAGCAGUGAGAAAUAUCUCUGACAAUGGCUUCAUACACGUUACCAGAUGGAUUCAGUGACUUCGACAUGUUCGCCUUCGGCUCCGCGCUGCUGGUGGGCGGUCUUCUCGGUUUCUUUCUUAACUUUAUCUCGGUGAUGGCGUUCCUCAGAAUACGGGAGAUGCAGACGCCCAAUAACUUCUUCAUCUUUAACCUGGCUGUGGCUGAUCUGAGCCUCAACAUUAACGGUUUAGUGGCUGCUUACGCUAGUUACCUGAGAUACUGGCCGUUUGGGUCGGAGGGCUGUCAGAUGCACGCUUUUCAGGGAAUGGUGUCGGUCCUCGCCGGCAUCAGUUUUCUGGCUGCCAUUGGUUGGGACAGAUAUCAUCAGUACUGUACUAAGCAGAAGAUGUUCUGGAGCACGUCUGUGACCAUCAGCACCAUCAUCUGGAUCCUGGCUGUGUUCUGGGCCGCUCUGCCGCUGCCGGCCAUCGGAUGGGGUGUCUUUGACUUUGAGCCGAUGAAAACAUGCUGUACGCUCGACUACACACAAGGAGACCGGAGUUACAUCACCUACAUGCUGUCCAUCACUGUACUGUAUUUAGCAUUCCCUGGUUUCAUUUUGCAGUCCUCCUACAAUGCCAUCUAUGCAUAUUUCAAAAAGACACACCACUUUAAGUUUAACACAGGUUUACCUCUGAAAGCGCUGCUGUUCUGCUGGGGUCCAUAUGUUCUGAUGUGCACAUACGCCUGCUUCGAGAACGUUAACCUCGUUUCACCAAAGCUCAGAAUGGUCCUCCCGGUGCUGGCGAAGACGUCUCCGAUCUUCCACGCCGUCCUGACAAAAAGAAAUAGUGAAAGAGCUUUAGCCAUGUAAUGUUGUAUUCAGACGAGUCUGCAAGAGUUUACACAUGAUGUGACUGUAAUUCACUGUAUAUGUCAAAUCAGUGCCUAACACAUUUGGAGAUAUUUGUCCAGAGUUUCAUUUAAUGAUUCAUUGAAGACUGAUAUAUGAAGCCUUAUUUCAGUUUCCUGGAGUGUGAGAGAUGACUUACACAGUUCAUUGAGGACACAAUCAUUUCACCAUUUCAUUGUUCUCGCCUUACAAUCGCUGUUGACCAAUGCAUCAGAAUCCAGUAUUCAUGUGUAAAUCUAUGAAGUAAGAGGAUUUUUCUAACCAAAACUUGAAACCAGUGUAUGAACCGUUAAUAACAAAAGGGCCUUUCAUUGUUAAUCCACAGAAUAAACCGUGAGGCACAAGACAGUCCUUUCAUGAGUUCUUUAGGGGCUCAGAAGGGGACUGAUGAAGGUGAAUGAACUCCACUAGAAUCUCUGAAGAGUCUGCUGGCAUCAUGAAUUGGCUUGCAGAUGGUCAUCUUUACUGGUUUAGCUGGUUUCCUUCACAAACCAUCAUCUGACUCAGUAAAUGCCCUGAUUCCUCUGUGUGUGUUAGUUAGGAGUCCGAAUGCACAUUUAUGCAGAUGCUUUUAUUCAAAACCACGUUCACUUAUUACAGGUUCGGUCUGUUGCUCAAGGAACACAGUUCACAGAUCUUCUCAGUCUCCAGCUCAGAUCUCGAAGCGGAGGCUAAUUAACAUUCACGUUUAGGAUUAGAAAUUCUCCAGGUUUUUGUAAUCUGCAGUAAUUCCUCUGCACAAGGAGCUGCUCUUAUAUCAGUAGAUUUGGGUUUCUGACAUGUGUUGAAGACCAAAGAGGAUCAGGAGAGCUUUACUGCAGCCGGUCACGGGCGACUCUCAGACCCAGCGACCCGCAGCCGUCGAGAGCAUGAGGACCGAACUCUGAAACUACUCUGUUCCUCAUAAACACACUAGAGCAGAGCUGAAGAGGAAGGUCUGUGUGUUCUGUCAUUCAUCCAUUCAUUCAUUCAUUCACUAUGAGCUUUUUUCCCUUUAUUGUCUUUCUUCCUCUUUUAACGCCAGUGAAGUGUAUUUAUUGAUGUCUUUCAGUUCACAGUCCUCCACAGUUUCUGGAAUCAGGUGUACUUAACAUGAGCUAAAAGACAAAAAUCUGAACAUGGCAAAAAAAAUUAGAUCUUUUUAAUGCUGUUUAGAAAAGUAGAUGAAGCAGGUGCAGCUAAUUUGGGAUAAAGUACAAAUUCAUGGCAAUGCUUUGUCGAUUUUUCC